CACUCCUCAGCAACACUGCAUUCAACACAGACCCAUUGAACUGUGCACCAUGCACAGUGCUUACCAGCCCACAGCACCGGCAGCGAACAAGUACCUGCAGAAGAAAUGGGACCAGAGCAAGUACGAGGAGCACAGGCGCAAGGUUGUAAAAGCUAGACCAGUGGUGGACACCAAGGGAUUCCAAACCCCUGCUCACCUCCACCUGAAACUUAAGAAAUUACAGCUGGAAGAGGAGCGCCUGGCCACCAUCGAGAGAGACAACCACAUCUUGUCAUCAAAACUGUCUGACAUCAUGAGGUCUAAGGGACUGGUGGACCAUAGGAACAGCUACCCAGAGAGGAGCCUCAACGCAGAGAAGCGGAGGCAGCAGCUGCAGGAGGUGACCCGGGAGAACCAGGGCAUCCUGGAGCGCAUCACGAACCAAGAGUCCGAGUACCGGCGCCAGAGGUGGGAGGAAGACUGGGAACGGACAGAGAGGUGCAGAGAUGACAUUGCCAGGUACCCGCGCAGAGUCACCAACCAGCAGAGGUAUAAGAAAGUGCUUUUUCAACAAGACACAGACCUCAACGAGAAACAGACCUCAAGCAGCUUGGACAGUGAACACUGAAGACACCAUACCACUGUCCCAGGUUCUUGGAUGUAUGAUAGGUGUCAAGGUCAUCUCUAAAGAGGAAGAGGAGUCACUUGAGACAAUAUAUGGAUAUAACAUUGGUAAUCAAUAUAUAAAUAUAACUUAUACUUGCAUUAAUGACUGCUGUGUUGAUUUUAUUUUGUGCUGUAAUAGUGUUAUACAGGGAGAUUCAUAAAUAUAGGAUACUCCCCAAAAAAUAUAAAAAAUUAUAAUAAAGAACACGUGU